GUAUGGGAUGUGUCAACAGAGACCUGUGUCCCCCUUCCCUGGUUUCGAGGAGGUGGGGUUACCAACCUGCUCUGGUCCCCAGAUGGCAGCAAAGUCUUGGCUACCACUCCUUCAGCUGUCUUUCGAGUUUGGGAGGCCCAGAUGUGGACUUGUGAGAGAUGGCCUACUUUGUCAGGGCGUUGUCAGACUGGCUGCUGGAGCCCAGAUGGAAACCGACUACUAUUCACUGUAUUGGGGGAACCACUGAUUUACUCCUUGUCAUUCCCAGAACGUUGUGGUGAGGGAAAGGGGCGCGUUGGAGGUGCAAAGUCAGCAACGAUUGUGGCAGAUCUCUCUGAGACAACAAUACAGACGCCAGAUGGUGAGGAGAGGCUUGGGGGAGAGGCCCAUUCCAUGGUCUGGGACCCCAGCGGGGAGCGUCUGGCUGUACUCAUGAAAGGAAAUCCACGGGUAAAGGAAGGUAAACCAGUCAUCCUCCUUUUUCGCACUAGAAACAACCCUGUGUUUGAGCUACUCCCCUGUGGCAUCAUCCAGGGGGAGCCAGGAGCCCAGGCCCAGCUCAUCACUUUCCACCCUUCCUUCAGUAACGGAGCUCUGCUCAGUGUGUGCUGGUCCACAGGCCGAAUUGCCCACAUCCCUCUGUACUUUGUCAAUGCCCAGUUUCCACGUUUUAGCCCUGUGCUUGGACGGGCCCAAGAGCCUCCAGCUGGGGGUGGAGGUUCUAUUCACGACCUGCCCCUAUUUACUGAAACAUCCCCUAUCUCUGCCCCUUGGGACCCUCUCCCAGGGCCACCACCUGCUCAUCCCCACUCCCCUCACUCCCACCUCUAAUAAUAAAGUUUGUUUUCCACUCAAUUA